GCUGAACGCAAGAUACGCCAAGUCAACUAAGUGCAGUGCACUGUGGUGACUUAGGUCAACCUGACGUGGCUCUUUGCCGCUUGCACGUGCCCGCCAAACCGUCAGCGGUCGCGGGCCUGGUCGCCUUGACACCUUGUCAAGUUUGCCAAUGGCAUCCAAUCUCCUAAUCCCUCCAGACGUUUGUCGCUGAUCGAGUGCGGCCUCCACAUGACCAUUGGUUCAGAUGUGCCAGGACCUUCGGCAUGGGGGGCGCUGAGGCCGAAAAUGUGAAUUGGGCCGAAGACGAGUACUGGCGCAGGAGACGACUGUCGCCUGCGCAGCUUCAGAUCUUUGACGUUCACCUUGCGUCCUGGGGCCGUGACGAGCAGGUUGGUCCCAUUCUGGAAAUAGGUGAGACUUUGUCGUCGACGUUGCUUCCGGCGCUCGGUGAUCGGGACCGCCUGGCACGCGAACUACACAUCGAAUCCCACGGCGAGAACCGACACGAACAGACGGCAUGGCGCCAAAUGCUGAACGAGUAUGGCUGGAUGAAUUGCCUCCGCUCAAAGGGCGUACAGACAUCCCUCGACGCGCCAAAGGACCACCGAAAGCUACGAUGGAUCCACAUCUCCUCCAAGUUCACCGAGUAUCUACACGGCUGUCUUCUCGGACUGAGCGAUUGGGCGCGUGAUGCAGCCGCAUGUGCUGAAAGCCUCAGACAACUUGAGCAUACCGUCUAUCAUAAUGAGCGUUUCUCGAAGCACGGGAGAUAUUUUGCUCCUUUCUACGAUAGACUCAGUGACGCUUCUCCCGUACGUGGAGGUCCAAUGCUUAUCAGCGUGCCGUACCUCGACUGGUCCGCAGAUGACCCACCACCUUUGCGAUUUCAAAUAGAUCCUCGGGAGGGAUAUCAAUCGAGCAGGUCAACUGCUCACCUUAUGCGGUCCAUAUUGCAGCACUUCUACCGACUUGAGGAUACAAGCGACAGAGAACACCAGCAGGUCUUCGCUAAGCAUAAGCCCUGGCUUACUGACCGCGAAUUGGACUUAAAGGUCCGUCGUUUCUAUGGUCAAUACCCCUCAGUCCUCAACGUGGAUGAGCUCUGGAUCUUGGUCAUUGAUGAGCGGCACGUCGUCACCUUCGCGACGAACCAGUCGUGGAAGAGCAGAUGGCCACCCCUACAAGUCUCUUGGCGGAUUGCCGAGGUGUCAUUUCGAGGCAUACGUAACACCCUGCUACUUGCAGAGGACGACCCAGAAUAUACGGCAUAUACACACGUGAUCGCAUGCCUUAGUGGCGCACUGGGCAUCCUUCAUCGCGCCUUCUGGACAGAUAUCACACUCUGUCUGACAGAUCGUUUCGCCGGCCAUCUGGGUCAUCUCCAAUACCGUUUGCACCGUUCCCCAAGCACAAAACUAGUCAUGGACCUGCUGCAAGUGCAGGAAGAGCUUAACAUCAUUAUCAGCGUGAUGCAGAAUCAGAUUGAGUUGCUUCAGAACCUUGACGCCACCUGGCAAGAGAUAAACGAAGCCGUCACGCGAGACCUAGAUACUGCGCAAACAAAUCAACAGAAAAGGAGCAGCCGUACGGCUGCCCGGGUUGUGACUCAUGCGUCACGCUCAACAUUCAGACAGCACUCAUCCAGCACGCUCAAGGACCCUAUGGCCCAGCUACUCGAAAAUCUGAAGCGUGAAUUCACUGAUCUCGUCGAGCUGCGAGACAACUCAAACAACCUACUCAACCGCACCAUCCAGCUAGUCAACAUCCGGCUCGAGGAUCAUGGCAAGGCAAUUCUGGUCUUCACAAUUGUCACUAUCAUAUUCUUACCCUUAUCUUUCGUGUCGAGUUUCUUUGGUAUGAACACGAUCGACAUUCGCAACAUGACGGCUUCACAAAGCGUGUUCUGGAUUGUAUCGUGUAGUCUCACUGUCUGCGUUGUAGGAUUUGCUAUCUUUUUGGCAUUCUAUGGCGGUGCGAUCUUGGAGGCAUUUUUCACUUGGAAAGCGAACAGGAUGAAGCCAAGGCGCAAGAGGAUCAAAAUGAAAAAGGCAAGCCCAUCGCAGCAAGUGCCAUUCAAGAACUUUGAGGUAUUGGAUAGUAAUGUUGUCCGGAAAUUCUUCUAAUUCGGUAGAUACGGAGAACUCACUGAUGGUGUUUGCAAUAAGAAUAUGAUAUGUACUCAAAUCCUCAGCUCGCUUUUCAAAAUUGCUUUCUAGGUUUCUUUCUGCAUUCAUGUUG